AUGGACACCAGGCCCAAGGUAGAAGACACGACAGACGAUGCGCGUGCAGCAGCAGAGAAGAGGCAGAAGAGCUUUGAGCGGUCGCUAGCAGGUCCAAGUGUGGGCAAGGCAGGCCUUGCGCGCGACCAGACCGAGAUCAACCGCAUCAUCGCCGACGCGUCCAAGGGCUCCAAGUUCUACAACCGCCAGGUGCUCAAGGACAAGGAGUUGACCGAGAAGAUUGAGUGGUUCAAGGCCAAGAGAGAUGAGCUCGUCAAGGAGGCUCAGCUGGAGCGCCUGACGACCGAGGCGGAUAAGAUCCUCCUCGAGGUCGAGGCGACACGGGAUCUCUCUCAAACGAUUGUCCAUGUCGACAUGGACGCCUUUUACGCCGCGGUCGAAGUACAGCGCGACCCCUCUCUCAAGGGCAAGGCCUUCGGCGUGGGCUACGGCGUGCUCUGCACCGCGUCGUACGAAGCGCGCAAGUUGGGCUGCCGGUCCGGCAUGGCGGGCUUCAUCGCCAAGAAGCUCUGCCCGCACAUCAUCUUCACCGAGCUCCACUUCGACCUGUACACUGCCGCGUCGACAAAGGUGCGCGACGUGCUCAAGCGGUACGACCCGAGCCUGAUGAUGGCUGGCCUGGAUGAGGGGUAUCUCAACAUCACGCCGUACAUGAAUGAACACUCCAUGAGCGCGUGGGACGUCGUCGCGCAGCUCCGCACCGAGGUCGAGGCGAGCACUGACCUCACUAUCUCGGCGGGCAUUGCGCCAAAUCGCAUGCUCGCGAAGAUCUGCUCGGAUAAGAACAAGCCGAACGGAGCGUACGAGCUCCCGUUUGACCGGGCCACUGUGACGGCGUUCAUGCGCGACCUCCCAGUCCGCAAGAUCCCGGGCUUUGGCCGAGUCACUGAACGGUGUCUUGAGGGUCUAGGUGUGGAGACGUGUGGCCAGAUCUACGAGCAGAGGGCAGAACUUCUCGCCAUGGACCACUGGUUCGGCUUCCGCGGCCUGUGCAAGGCGUACCUCGGCAUUGCGUCCAACGUCGUCGAGCCGUACAAGCGUGAGGAGCGCAAGAGCGUUGGUGUGGAGCGCACGUUCCGCGACAAGACGGACGACGCAGAGAUCCUCGCCGAGCUCGAAAGCAUCGCUGAAGAGCUCGAAAAGGAUCUCACCACGCUACAGUACUCGGGCAAGACUGUCACUGUGAAGUACAAGCUCCACACGUAUGAGAACAAGACUCGUGCGCUGUCGGUCAAGAAGUACAUCAACACCAAGGACGAGAUCCUUCCUAUCGCCCUUGACCUCAUGCGCAAGGAGCUGCCUGUUCGUAUCAGGCUCCUCGGUAUCCGGCUGUCCAACCUCAAGGAUCUUACCAUCCCCGAUAAGGGCAUCAAGACGUUCUUUACGUCGAAAGCCACCGCCGACGAGCCGCAGUCGUCGCGCCGUGCUGCAUCUGAAACGAUAGACUUAUCCCUGUUAGACGAGGAUGAGGAGGAUGAGGAGCAGAACCUGCUCGGGGAUGACUUCAAGCGCCCCUUAGACGAGCCCGAUGGUGGCGACGACGACCUAGCAACCCCGGGAUCGAGCCCCGUGCCAGAUAAGGACCCCGAACACAUCCUUGGGCCUGUGUGUCCACUCUGCUCCAAGGCGUUGGGCCCCGGGACGUCCAACUCGGAGCUCAAUCAACACAUCGACAUGUGCCUUAACCGGGACGCACUGGGCGCCGGCACCUUGACAGGCAACGAGACGGCAACGGCGCCGACGUCGCAGGCGCCGUCGUCGUCGCCCUCGCUCUCGCCCCCGCCGCCAGUGAAGCGCAAGGCUUCGUCGUCGGGCGCGGACGGUGCCGCGGCCACACCGAGCAAGAAGGCCAAGCCGGCCACUGAGAACGGCGGCCAGACGACGCCGCAUGAGCGUGGCACAUAUUGCCAUCAGUGCCGUACCAAGUGUGAACCCGAGGAUGUCCUCCGCUGCACAAGGUUGCGCAAGUACACCAAGGCGACGCCAGCACGCGCGUGCAACCUCGCGUGGUGCUUGCGCGACCUGAAGAAACGAUACGGGCUCGACCCGGACGCGAUCCGGAGCCGCAAGCCCGGGCCCGACGACGGCGCAGUGCACGACACGACCAAGGAAUACGUGUUUGCGUGCCCGUGCUGCCUGGAGGAGUGCCAGAACGCGACGUGCCGAAAGAAGAAGGGGCUCGAGCCGCUCGGCGACAUUGUCAAGCUUGCGGCCAAGGCUGGCGUCUCGGCGCUGGACCUCGUCAGCAAGACGGACGCCGAGGGGCCCAAACCGCAGGGCAAGGCGCGCACGAGUGUCGUUGUCGAUCUGUCGGGCGAGCUGAGCGAGCUGAGUGAUGUCGACGGGCAGCAGCAGCUGCCGAAGGCGAAGCCAAAGGCCAAGAAGGCGCGCCCCUCGGGAGCCAAGGACGCAAAGAGCACGAGCACGCCAAAGGGCAAGGGCAAGGAGGUGAAGGGCAAGGACAGCACGAAGAAGGGCAAGGUUGCCGCGGCCAAGGGCAAGGAUGCGAAGGGCAAGGCGGCGGCAGAGGUGAAGAAGGAGGCCAAGCCGAAGGAGAAGAAACCGCCUGCACCCAAACCUGUGGUUGAGAAGCCUGUCGACCCGCCCGCGUUUGAAAAGGUCGACACGCGCUUGAGCCAAGAAGAGGCCGAGCAGCGCAUGUAUCUCCGCGAGUUUGUCUUCCGCUUCCGUGGGCUGCUCGGCAUCCCAGACCGCAACCUCGGCCCGCUGGACGACUUUGACCGGCCGCUGAGCGAGGCGAGCGUGCGGUUGCUCGCGGGCGCGAUGCUCGACCUGAUCAGGGAGGAGCGCGAAGCGACAUGGGACGAGGACACGGCCGACCUGGUACAGAACAGCCGCGAGGAGCUGCGGUACUAUGCCGACCUGGCGCGCUUUGCGUCCAUCUUCAACACGCUCACCGACGUGCUCGCGCUCGAGCUGCCCCCGGCGCCAGAAACAGCGCAGGAGCGCAACGACCGCGCGAUGCGCGCGCUCCUCGACCUCGGCGACGACGAGGCCGUGCCCGGCUGGACGGACGCUGCGCCGUCCCGCCGCACAGCGGCAAGCCGUGUGCCGCAGGCGAGCGAGGUGGUCCGGAUGAUCAUCGCGCUCAUCAAUUCGGCCAUCCACUCGCCGCGUAUCCGUGCAGAAAUGGACCCGGGCGUCUACGACUUUGAGGCGCGCCAGCGCAACUUCAAGCAGCUCAAGGAGGAGAAGACGCGCUGGGACGGCGAGAAGAAAAAGCUCGGGCAGGAGCGCGUGCUGGCCAAGAGCGCGGCGCAGACCAAGGUGUCGGACACGGCACAGCACGACCACAACAUGCGCAAUCAGCUGCUCAACGUCAACCUCCGCGCAGUGCUCGCGCGCAAGAACAUGCGCUUCGAGCCCAUCGGGACAGACCUCGACGGCCGCGUGUACUACUUUAUGACGCCGCGCGUGCUCGAGGAGAACGACCGGCGCGCGCCGACCGGUUGGGCCUCGGGCUUGCUGGUAUGGGGACGUGGCGUGGAGCAGUCGGAAACGGCAGCGGCCAACGGUUCUGCUGCUGCUGCUGCUGCUGCCACCGACGAGCUCCCGCCCAUGGUGGAGCGGUGGACACAUUUCGGCAAGUCUGAGACUGUGCGCCAGCUGUCCAAGUGGCUUGCGUGGCGCUUCAGGCGACACGUCGCGACGAUGGCACCGGCCGCGCCCAAGGCCAAGACGCCGAAGAAGAAGAAGUCGGCCGACGUGGCAUCGGCGACCGCGACGCCGUCGCGCCCCGGCGGUGGCUCGCGCAAGGGCUCGCUGCUGGGCGUGGUCAUCCCGCACAAGACGCCCAACGGGGUCAAGCGCGAAGAUGGCGACGACGACGGCAACGAGUCGGACUCGGACCUGUCGUCUGCGCCCAGCGAGGACGACUUACUCGCCCUCCUCAACCCCGAGGGGUACGCUGCGUCGGCCGACGCAGUCAAAGAGCAGGGCGCGGCGCUUACGCAGCGCGUCGACGAGGUGGCCGAGUGGCUCGCCGUGCUCGAGUGGAAGGGGCUCGGCGAGAUCUAG